CGCGAUCCAGAAAAUUUCGAAUUUGGUGUAGCCUCAUUGAUUCUGGUUCGUUGCUGCUUUCAAUUGGUAUUGUGCAGUCAUUCGCUUCAAGAUGUCGAGACGAACUAGCAAUGAGAAGGCUUUGGAGACCUCUGGUCAUCUGGAACAUCCACCGCGAACUCCUACUAGUACUCAUGCUCCACCUCUGAGCCAUGAAAAUGCUCCUAAAGAUCAAGAUUUUCCAUUGCUAACACAAAGGAGUCAUGAAGGGGUAAGGGACCAAAUCAAUUACGUUUACCGUGUCUGAUAAAGCUCCUAGAGACCAAGCGGUGUCGCAAACUCAGCUCAAGGAAUUGAGAUUCCACCAGCGACAUCCGGGAGUCAUGCAGGAAGCAAUAAAAGUCAGCAAUACCCGAAAAUGAGCGAGGAAGAAGUAUGUUCCUAAACAGAGCUUUAACGAAUAUUGCUAAUGAGUUGUUUAGAAACACGCAGAAGUUGAGAUCAAAAUUGUGAAGGGGAAUGAAGCCUUUAACGAAGCAAUGCUGAAAGAACCACCUCGCCCUUUCACUUGGGCAACGACUCAACUCUACCUCGCUUGCUUCAUCGGAUUCUUUUGCGCUACGAUGAACGGUUACGAUGGAAGUCUGAUCAACAAUCUCCUUCAAAAUAAAUUCUUUUUGGACUAUUAUCACGGUGAAAAUGCGGGGAUUUGGGCAGGUAUUGUCACUUCGAUGUAUCAAAUUGGAGGUGUGGUGUCUCUUCCAUUCGUUGGACCGGCAGCAGAUACUUUCGGGAGGAGAUUCGGCAUGUGGAUUGCUUGUCUUCUUAUUAUUAUUGGAACUAUCAUUCAAGGUGUCGCUACCCAGUCCAAUGGUACGAAGCAGUUUAUGGGAGGUCGAUUCUUGCUUGGGUUUGGUGUGAAUAUUGCGUCGGCUGCAGGUCCUAUGUAUGUGGUAGAGGUAUCUCACCCUGCAUACCGUGGAAUUGUCACAGCCAUCUUCAAUUGUUUCUGGUGGGUUCCUCCAAGCUUCCGCGCUUCGAUGUAUAUUAACUUUGCUUUAGGUUUACCGGUUCUAUCCUCGCAAGUGGGGUUGCUCGUGGAGGUGUCCAUUUCCAAAGCAACACAUCCUGGAAAUUAAUCAUAUGGAUCCAGUUGAUGUUUUCGGCUAUCAUCUUCUGUACCGCAUACUUCCUCCCGGAGUCUCCGAGAUGGCUGUACGUCAAUAAGAAGACGGAUCAGGCUAAGGCUAUGCUCACAAAGUUUCACGGAGAUGGUAAUCCUGAUAGCGAGUGGGUGAAGCUCCAACUCAAUGAGUACGAGGAGUUAUUGGAAAUGGACGGUGCUGAUAAGCGAUGGUGGGAUUACUCUGCACUAUUCAAGAACCGAUCAACAUGCUACCGACUCUUUUGCAAUGUUUGUAUAUCGAUAUUUGGACAGUGGGCAGGAAAUGGUAUGUAAAAUCUCUACUUUUGCAAUGGGUUAUGCUGAGCAAAGUAGCCGUCCUCUCUUACUUCUUAGGAAAGGUUCUCGACACCGUCGGAAUCCACAGCUCAAUCGGCCAAGCAAACGUCACACUGAUAAACAACUGCCAACAAUUCUGCUUCGCAUUACUGGGAGCGGCCUUGGUAGAUAGAAUUGGUCGACGGCCACUCCUUCUAUUUUCAAAUAUUGGCUGUUGCGUGGUGUGGCUCGCCGUAACAAUUUCCACAGCCAUCUACACACAAUCAAUUCCUGCCUUGCCGCCAGGAGCCGACCCAGAUACCAAGCUCUAUGGAACGAACAAAGCUGCGGGAACAGCCUCAUUGGCUUUCAUCUUCAUCUUUGGCGCUGUCUUCUCGAUUGGAUUUACACCUCUUCAAGCUUUGUAUCCUGUCGAGGUCUUAUCUUUUGAGAUGCGUGCUAAAGGGAUGGGAUUCUCGGGCUUUGCGGUUGCUGCUGGUAAGCGGACUGUUUCUAAUUAUAUGCAAGGACUUAGCUAAUUACUAUUGGCCUUUACAGCUGGAUUACUCAAUCAAUUCGCAUGGCCGGUUGCUCUCAAAAAUAUUGGAUGGCAUACGUAUAUCAUUUUCACGAUAUGGUGUGGGAUCCAAGCCGUCGUUGUCUUUUUCUUCAUUCCCGAAACUAAGAAUCGUACUGUAAGUUCCCAAUUCCCCGAUGACGUUUUCAAAUUUGUUUGGUUCUUGAAUCUGGACUGACCUUGAAAUAGCUUGAGGAACUGGAUGAAAUAUUUAAUUCCAAGAACCCGGUGAAAGCAUCGAUUGCGAAGAAGAGACUUGGGUUUGACGCUUACGGAGAGGUAGUGAAUGUUGAGAGUGUUGAGUGAGGUAUUUUUUUUUUGACUUUGGCGGGGACUGGAUUCUCGUCUCCGCGUUUUGUUUUUGUAGUCUUGGGGUAUCUUUUUUAGUAAUAAUAUAUGGUUUAUGUUUGAUAAUA